AUCGACAAACAUCACGGGUAGAGGGAGACAACGACAACCACCUCUUAAGGGAACUCAGGGAAAAGCCACACAGCUUCAGGAGAUCAGGGGCAUGCUCCUUAAAUGGAUCUCGAGUUACAUCCACCAUGCGCGCCCUCAGCUUCUUCACAUGUCCCGUCAUGUUCUGAAUAUCGACCCAUCAACUUGUGCUCACUCCCUCACCCUAUGAUCCAUCCCUGCGCGGCCCGCCCCGUUUCCCUGGUCCCUGGGUGUCUACACAGUAGUCCAUGGUCCAUGGUCCAUGGAUGGCUGAGAUCAUGCGAGAUCACUCCCCGAUGCCUGAGUCAAGGAGGAAAAGUACCCCCCCCAACAGUAACCAUCUCCGCAGCCAAUCGCGCCCACAUCACCACCGAGAAGCUGAAGAGUUGUACCGCGACCAGAAUCCUCCAAUCACAACCGCAAGUCGCCCUCCAAAGGGAAAAGCCAUCGUCACGACGACAACAAUAGAGGCUUGAAUCCAAGAAGAGCAGAUUCUGAUUUCAUUCCCCAC